AGGCGGAGCUCCCGCAGGAGGCGCAGCAGGAGGGAAGCGCCACUGCAGUCCCCUCUCGCCUGGGAGGGCAGCCUGGUUUCUCCCUGUGGCCAUCUUAAAGCCACCACCUCUGUGCCUCUCGCCACCUGCCUUCAGGGUUCCAGCAGCAGGGAGCCACCAUCUGCUCUGGCAAGGGAGCUGAAGCUCACCCACCCAACUUCUCUGGGCUGGCUGCCGCUGGUAAGCUGCUCUAGGUGAGGCACUUGGGGAAGUAUUACCUGUGGAGAGCCAGGAUAGGCAUUGCCAGGGCUGGGACCUGAGGGUGGACAGCAUCUGAAGAGAGGCAAGUGGGAACUUGGUUUUCUCAAACUCUUGAAACUCCUUGUCAAGUGAGCAGACAGUUGUUUAGGACAAUUGGAAAGUGUCACCCCUUGCCCAUCCUCUGCUGUGCCUAAUCGCCUGCCACUUUGCAGCCCUUGGAGGGCAGGGAGAGGGAUUGUGGACUGGGCGCCCCUCCGCCUUCUCUGGAGAAGGCCAUUCUGUUAGGGAACUGCUCAACGUUAUUCUCCUCUCCCUGUUCCUCUCAUCUGCUCUCAUCUCUACAUCAGUCAGAGGUUGAAACUCCUCGCCACAGUCCACUCUCCAUCUCCAUCCCUACCCCAUCAAUAAGCCCUUCCCCCACCAUCUCAAGACACUGGAAUGCAGGUAGGGAGAGGCCCCCAGAGGGAGUAUUUGAGAAUUUGCUCCCCUGUCCCUUGCCUCAACUACUCUCAGUUGCAUCUUAAUUCCUAGAAUUAAUUCCUCUUCCCUCCACUCCUGGAGUCCUCUUUCUACCUUCAGUAUAAGGUCAGGCAAACAUUUUGGGGGGCCCUGGGAUGUGUGUGACAGUAGAACGGUCUUGAUUCCUUGCUAAAAUGGCUUCCCAAGUCAGUAGGGACCAGGACAGAGAAGGGAGAGUAAGUAAACAGGUCUAUGGCAUUUUCUGCUGAGUGUUUGCCCAGCACAGCCCCCAAAUUGACCAGCAGUGUCCUGUUUGCAUGACAGCUUAGAGGUGGUCUCUGCACUGACUCACCUCCCUUUCUCUUUUCUUCCUUCUCUUUACCUCAAAGGCCAGGUUUCUAAGCAUUGUAAGUACCCAACGUAGCAAGGGGAUAGGAUUGCAGGAAGUAGUUUCUUAAAUGUGGGGUGGGAGAAACAUUUUUGUCCUUUGAAGCCCCAUGGCACCUUGUCAAGGAGCAAGGAACACACUUUUGCUUGGGAGGCCCGGACACAGGCACAAGACUGCAAUUAUAGAGGAUAAACGAAAAACUGUUCUCUUAGGCUAAGCUCUCUUAUGGAUGGUAAAAAGCCGUUUUCUUCUCCUGAGUGCCCUGCCUAGCCUGGCAUUCUUUUCCUUCCAUGUCUGAGGGGGUUUACCCUCAGACAGGUUCUCCUUCCCCUCUGCAGCCCUGGUUGUCUUCAUUCUUCAAGAGCCACUUUACAGGGACAUGGAACAGGCUCCACUAAAGUGGUGUCCUCUUAUUGCUCUUGGCCCUGAGGACAUAUGAAGAUUGUGAAAGUCAGAGAUCCUCUCUUCCCUUGGUUUUCAUGGGAGACAGUAGAGAGCUGAGGGUUCCCCAGUUGUUCAGCUGUGGGAUCCAGCUGGCCCGGGCUGUACCCAAGGGGCACUGCCACAGUGCACCACUAACAUCUCUUUUCUGGAUCCUUUUGAGGCAGAUUCUGUUUAGAGGGGUCUAGGUCUCUACAGGCAACCUCCAACAGAUACCAUAAGAAUAGACCACUUUGUAGUCACACUUAUCAUCCCUUAUUGCAGUUUCUGUUUACAUGUUUGUCUACCCUCCUAGGCUGAUUACCGUGGGAGGAGAAUCCAACUUACUUAUCUUGUAUCUUAUCUAGCAGUGCCUGCCACAUAGUGGGCAGUCAGGGAAUGCUUGAUGAAGGAAAGAGGAUGUAAAGCGAUUGUGUCUUUCCGUGUGCCGGGUGCAAUUACAUUUAUACUAUUAAGUCUUUAUAUUUUGAGUCUGUCCCUGUAACGGUAGACCUGUAUUUUUCUGCAUUUGUGCACCUGCUUAAGGUGUCUGAGCAUGCACUCAUCUCUGAACAGCAAAGAUAAUCAAUGCCGAGGGGUAUGCAGUGGAGUAAUCCACACCCCACCCCCUUUCCCUUGCUCAGGCAAGGGUACUUAGAGACGCUACUGAAACUAUCUUUAGCCACAGCGAUUCCUAAGUAUUCCCAUUAAGAAAGACGCCAGCAGUCCGCCACACACUUACACGUGCAUAUCCCUGACAUAGGAUUCCCAAAUCCUGGCCGCUGAAGGGCGGGAGGCGUGUGCCCAGCCUCAGACUACUCUAAAUUGAGAAAUGACAAACCUGUUUUGGGUCCCAGUCUCUGCGUGCCCGAGUGCGCACCCGCGAUUCGAGCAGCUUAAGCCCUACUCCCUCCUCCUUCCCAAAUCAGCCACCGUGGGCCACGGCUACGCUAUGCUUUAUUCCUAAGCGAAUCUCGCACAAAUCUCGAGGCAUAUUUUGUACAAGGGGACACUGGCCGCGCGCAUCGCAAUCGCAUCUCAGCGACAGAAGCGGUCACGUGCCUUGGCGCGCUUCCGCACCGCCCCUUCCCGCGCACGCGCACGCGCACGCGCACACGCGCCCGCACGGCUCCAAUCCCUUCAACCUUCUGCGCGCUUCCGCCUUCAUGCUAGCAACGCCCGCAGUGACGCGCAGGCCCCGCCCCCUCCCGCGCGCCUCCCGGAAGUUGCCGGUCUAGAGCUGUGGGGUGGCCUCCGCGCAGUCUCUGGCGGAGUCGGGGAAUCGGCUCAAGGCGAGAGGAUCCGGCAGGGAAGGAGCUUCGGGGCCGGGGGUUGGGCCGCACAUUUACGUGCGCGAAGCGGAGUGGACCGGGAGCUGGUGACGAUGGCGGGGCCGCAGCCCCUGGCGCUGCAACUGGAACAGUUGUUGAACCCGCGACCAAGCGAGGCGGACCCUGAAGCGGACCCCGAGGAAGCCACUGCUGCCAGGGUGAUUGACAGGUUUGAUGAAGGGGAAGAUGGGGAAGGUGAUUUCCUAGCAGUGGGUAGCAUUAGAAAACUGGCAUCAGCCUCCCUCUUGGACACAGACAAAAGGUAUUGCGGCAAAACCACCUCUAGAAAAGCAUGGAAUGAAGACCAUUGGGAGCAGACUCUGCCAGGAUCGUCUGAUGAGGAAAUAUCUGAUGAGGAAGGGUCUGGAGAUGAAGAUUCAGAGGGACUGGGUCUGGAGGAAUAUGAUGAGGAUGACCUGGGUGCUGCUGAGGAACAGGAGUGUGGUGAUCACAGGGAGAGCAAGAAGAGCAGAAGCCACUCUGCAAAAACACCGGGCUUCAGUGUCCAGAGUAUCAGUGACUUUGAGAAAUUUACCAAGGGAAUGGAUGACCUUGGGAGCAGUGAGGAGGAGGAAGACGAAGAGAGUGGCAUGGAGGAAGGGGAUGACGCGGAAGACUCCCAAGGCGAGAGUGAGGAAGACAGGGCUGGAGAUAGAAACAGUGAGGAUGAUGGUGUGGUGAUGACCUUCUCUAGUGUCAAAGUUUCUGAGGAAGUGGAGAAAGGAAGAGCCGUGAAGAACCAGAUAGCACUGUGGGACCAGCUCUUGGAAGGAAGGAUCAAACUACAAAAAGCUCUGUUGACCACCAACCAACUUCCUCAACCAGAUGUUUUCCCAUUGUUCAAGGACAAAGGUGGCCCAGAAUUUUCCAGCGCCCUGAAAAAUAGUCACAAGGCACUUAAAGCAUUGUUGAGGUCAUUGGUAGGUCUUCAGGAAGAGUUGCUUUUCCAGUACCCAGACACUAGAUAUCUAGUAGAUGGGACAAAGCCCAAUGUGGGAAGUGAGGAGAUUUCUAGUGAAGAUGAUGAGCUGGUAGAAGAGAAGAAGCAGCAACGAAGAAAGGUCCCUGUAAAGAGGAAGCUGGAGAUGGAGGACUAUCCCAGCUUCAUGGCAAAGCGCUUUGCCGACUUUACAGUCUACAGGAACCGCACACUUCAGAAAUGGCACGAUAAAACCAAACUGGCUUCUGGAAAACUGGGGAAGGGUUUUGGUGCCUUUGAACGCUCAAUCUUGACUCAGAUCGACCAUAUUCUGAUGGACAAAGAGAGAUUACUUCGAAGGACACAGACCAAGCGCUCUGUCUAUCGAGUUCUUGGCAAACCUGAGCCAGCAGCUCAGCCUGUCCCAGAGAGUUUGCCAGGGGAACCGGAGAUCCUUCCUCAAGCCCCUGCUAAUGCUCAUCUGAAGGACUUGGAUGAAGAAAUCUUUGAUGAUGAUGACUUUUACCACCAGCUCCUUCGAGAACUCAUAGAACGGAAGACCAGCUCCUUGGAUCCCAACGAUCAGGUGGCCAUGGGAAGGCAGUGGCUUGCGAUCCAGAAGUUACGAAGCAAAAUCCACAAAAAAGUAGAUAGGAAAGCCAGCAAAGGCAGGAAACUUCGGUUUCAUGUCCUUAGCAAGCUACUGAGUUUCAUGGCACCUAUUGACCAUACUACAAUGAAUGAUGAUGCCAGGACAGAACUGUACCGCUCUCUUUUUGGCCAGCUGCACCCUCCCGACGAAGGCCAUGGGGAUUGACAUCGCCCACCUCUGACACCCAGUGGGCACCUUGGCUGGUGCGGUUGCUGGUCCAGAUGGAGGAAACCAGUGACUUUAUGGGGCUGAGCUAGUAGGGAAGCCCCUGGGAAGGUGCUGCGUUCCGAACCUGUGCCUAAUACUAAUACAUGCAAGGGCGCUGUCCCGCCCAACCCCGCCUUUAAACGCCACAAAUAAAGAGCAUUGUUACCGCCA